AUGGUUAUAAAUGGUAUUAACCAGGUAUCGGACGAGAAUGAGAGCGCCUCUGACCCUUGGUGUCCUCCCACAGGGUCGCUGCGCCUGGAGGAGCCCCGACGGCCGCCCCGGGUGUACGCGGCGGCGCCCUCGGGGGUGGCGGUGACGGUGGUGAGGGCGGUGGACGACGCCCACACCCCGCCCACGCCCGCCCCACAGCCUCGCUACUUCCUCUACCAGUCCCCACAGACAGACUACAACUUCUUCACCAUCCACGAACACGGCGGCAACAUCACCACGGCCAGGUACCUGGAGAAGGCCGCCGGGGAGGAGUACCACAUCAUUGUGGUGGCGCUGCUGGCGGGGAAGGCGAUCAACAAGGAGCUGACAGUGACUGUCACCAAAUACAACCAACACGCCCCCAGGCUCGCCCUCCAGCACUACAGCGUGGAGGUGUUGACGUGGGCGGAGGCCGGAACAACGCUGGUGACUGUGGAGGCCGCCGACGACGACCAGCUUCAGUACAACCGUCACCUCCACUUCUUCCAGGCCGACCCUCACACACCCUUCCACCUCGACCCCUUCCUCGACCCCCCGUGA